AUGGCUCCCAGCACUGUUUUCCUGGAGCCGGACAACCUGCUGACGCCAAAGGAGAAAAACAAACUGAGGAAGCCGGUGGUGGAGAAGAUGCGCCGGGACCGGAUUAACAGCAGCAUCGAGCAGCUGAAGCUGCUCCUGGAGAAGGAGUUUCAGAGACACCAGCCCAACUCCAAGCUGGAGAAGGCCGACAUCCUGGAGAUGACAGUCAGCUACCUGAAGCAGCAGAGCCAGCUGCAGAUGAAGGCUGCAGGAUCCUUCCAUAAAAGCUCUCAGUUUGACUUCAGAGAGGGCUACUCUAGGUGUUUGCAAGAAGCUUUCCAUUUCCUCUCUCUUCAUAAAGUCCGAACUGAAACACAGACCAAACUGCUGAGCCACUUCCAGAAGAGCCAGUCUGCUGCUCCGGAGGUGGCCCUUCCCAUGGGGAACCCCAGCACCCUGAAGCAAGCAUCUCCGAAAGACUCCGGUGCUCUCUGGAGGCCCUGGUAG